UGAAGUUAUCGUGAAUAUAUGUUCUGCGAUCUGCGAUUUGUUCGUCGAGUUGUAUUGGGAAGGUCCACGAUGUAUCAUUCCGUUGUAUCAUGGUCGAUCUUUCUAAUGAUUGCCGGCAGCCGGGGCUGAGUUCAAAAGUAGCAUGGUCGCUCCUUCUGCUUGGUCUCCAAACCAACUCUUUUUCUUUUACCUCGUACUUAUCAUAGAUCCACAUUCACUAAACUAUGGCUCCCGCACUAAUUGAUGUUGUCCAUAACGCGGACGCAGAACAAGUAUACGCCAAAAACCAGAGUCAAGAAGGAUACAAGGAAGCUUUUGCUCAAGGCCCCAAGACGACAAAUUAUGAAAGCGAAUUGAAAGGUGUUGGAAAGCACCCACCGGCCAAGUAUCCAUUGUACCUUCCCGUCUGGGAUAAUGAAAAGGACAUUGGAGGCAAAUAUCCACCCAAUCAACCUUUUGAGGCGUAUGAGCACGGAAAGGAUGCCGACCCAUCGUUCAAGAAUCUGUUCAAGGGAGCUUCCUCCGUUGAAGACAUUACUGCCAACAUCGGUGCAGAAGUCAAGGGUGUACAGCUUAGCAAGCUUGACAAAGCUGGCAAAGACGAACUUGCCCUCUACGUCGCACAGAAGAAGGUUGUUGCUUUCCGCGACCAGGACUUUGCAGACCUGCCAAUCCAGGAUGCCAUAGACUUUGCUGAAUACUUUGGACCAUCACACAUUCAUCCAGCCUCUGGCGCACCAAAGGGCUAUCCCAAGGUCCACUUGGUCCACAGAUCUGCAGCCGACACAACCGCCAAAGACUACUUUGAGGAGCGUACCAACAGCAUCACCUGGCACAGCGACGUGACUUACGAGCAGCAACCUCCAGGCACCACAUUCCUGUACAUCCUGGACGGUCCCUCUGCAGGAGGCGACACUUGUUUCGUCAACCAAGCAGAAGCAUACCGAAGAUUGUCUCCCGAGUUCCAGAAGCGUCUGCACGGGUUGAAAGCAGUCCACUCUGCUCAUGAACAAGCACAAAAUGCUCUCGCUCGAGGCAGCAUUGUGAGACGUGAUCCGGUCGCCAAUACCCAUCCCGUGGUCAGAACACACCCUGCGACAGGUGAAAAAGCUCUGUUCGUCAACCAGCAAUUCGUCAGACGUAUCGCUGGCUUCAAGAAGGAAGAGUCGGAUUACUUGCUCAAGUUCCUGUAUGACCAUAUUGCAUACUCGCAGGACAUUCAGGCCAGAGUCAAGUGGGCACCUGGAACUGUAAUCGUUUGGGACAACCGCGUGACUGCUCAUACUGCCAUUCUUGACUGGCAAGAUGGUCAACGUCGCCACCUCGCUCGCUUGACACCCCAGGCUGAGCCUCCUUACGAGACUCCAUUUGGAGAUUCAAGUAACUGA